CAGACCUGUCAGAAAGCACGCCAGUUGAAAACUUCGCCGCUUUUAGCGACUAUAUUUCAGUUUUUAUUUGUUAAUUCCUUGGUGGUUCGGUAAAAAUAGCGAAAUAAAGGUAUUCUACGUGAACCGUGUUAAAAAUAGUGCCGGGGUUUAGUGUUUUUUCGCUCCGCGACUUAAAAAUAUAACGGCGUCAUGCCGACUAUUCAGUGACAUUCAAUAAUAACGCGCUGCAUUUUCAACUUUAUGCCUUAUUAGACUUUAUUAGAUUAUCUGGAAAUUAAAUACAUUCUAAACUCGCUUCGCCGGCGUACUUUUUAAAAGCGCGACGCGCUUUUUUAAGCUUUUUCUAGCAUCGUUACGUAAAAUUGUGAUCAGUGAGUUUUGACGUUUGUCAAAGAAGCAAAGAUGAAAGCACGUCAGGAAAGAUUCAAGUCAUCUUCCAGCACGGAUGAAGUUGAUUCGGCUUCAGAUCACGAUGACCAUCACAUUCAGCCCAUUCAGAUUGGUAGGCACAUUUCCAAGCCAUCGAACAUGGACCACGAGUCACAGGAAAUCGAUGAAAUGGCUGAUAUUCAUGAAGAAAUUAGCCACGAAUUGACCACAAUAGAUGAAUUGGGAGAGAUGCACUUGAUGUCUGUGGUUACUCCAGUAAGAAAACGCAGAGGAAAUCUACCCAAACACUCUGUAAAGAUUUUAAAAAGAUGGUUAUAUGAGCACAGGUACAAUGCAUAUCCAUCAGACGCAGAAAAGGUGACUUUGUCAAAAGAAGCCAAUUUGACAGUGUUGCAAGUUUGUAACUGGUUUAUAAAUGCCAGAAGAAGAAUUUUGCCUGAGAUGAUACGCAGAGAAGGCCACGAUCCUUUGCAUUACACCAUAUCAAGAAGGGGUAAAAAACUGACUGGCCUAGGAGGAGAAAAUGGCAGAAAUUGGCCGGACGAUAUGGAGAGCAUAGGCAGCAAAAGAGUGAGGUUAGAUCACGAUUACGAGGACUGCAUGACUUUGAUGUACAAAUCGGAAGAAGACAGCCCUACGGAGGAGUAUGAGAGCUCCAGCCCUAGCGAGGAGGAAAAAUUCAAUCCGUGGGAAACAGUUAUACGGUAUGGAGUUGCCAAAGAAGUCGUCCAUCCAGCUGUUAGAGACGAUGAAAGUUUAAUACACGCCGAAGGAACGAAAUGUCCCCCAACCAAAGCCCAACUGAAGGAAUACUCCAGCGAUAUGCCCCAAGUCGUCAAGUCGAAUAAGAACCAGGACACGAGUUCAGUGCCAAGCGAGAAAGAAGAUAUGUUCAACUGUUUCUAUCUCCUGGUCGAGACGGCGGUCGCAGUGAGGCAGAAAGAGAUAGAGAACAGCGUGGCUAUUAACACGUAACCGUGAAAGUGAUACAAGGACAGAAUACUACUGAACAGCAGUGAUGUCAGGUUGUGUAAAGUUUCACAAAAUGGGGUUUUUAGUCGUGGUUCGAAAUGUGUACAAGUAGCUUUUGGUUAGAUUUUUUAAUACAUAUCACAGAUAUAAAAUGUAUUUUUUUUAUUUGCACCUAAAUUUUCAGUUAAAUUUUCGAAAUUACGAAGAAUAAUUGCGUUAUUUGUAGAUGUUUUGAACGUUGAAGUGUCUUUUGGGGCUGUAAGGGUUAUAAGGGAAGCUGUGCUAACCGAUAUAUAUUUUGUAAAUAUCGAUAAUUUAGCGUUCACUUAGUUUUUUAAUGAAUUCACUACCGACAGUGCCUUAAAGUGAGAAAAACUCUAGAUCUUAUAUUUGUUUAAAAAUAUUUGUUUUUGUAAUGAUAAACUAAUGGUGUUCGUUUAGAAAUCAACUAAUUCAUAUUAAAAAAUACAGUGCAACCUCUUUAAUUGCAGCAGGUAAUUGUAACUGACCAUUUCCGAUUAGCUAAUACUUAUACAGGGUGUUUUAAAAAACAUGUAAAAACAACACGUAAAAAUAAGAUUUAUUUUAAUUAUUAACUAUAGAGUAUUAAAAUCUCAAUAUAUUCUUUCGAUUUAUUAUAAUUUUCUUCCAAGUAUUUUUAGGGAUUCGAAU